AGUGUCCAAACACAGAAGAACUCCUGGUGAAGCAACUGAGAUCCGUGUGACACUGUUAUAAAGAUGGCAUUUAUUAAAGAGGAGAGUGAAGACGUGAGGAUAGAAGAAGCAUUCAGAGUCAAACAUGAAGAAAUUGAGGAACAAACAGGCAAUCCGUAUAUUUUGUGAAACGAUGAUGUCAUCACCCCCCAUCUCAAACCUACUCAGACACCACUAGAUUAUUAAAAGAACAACCUCAGAAAGCUCCAGAAAGAACAAGCUGAGCUCAACAUGCCCCAACUAAUUUUGCUUAGUUCUGACCUGACGGCACUGAAGGAAGAGAGGCAAGAACUGAAAAUGACAGAAGAGAAACAUCAAAAUGAGAGACGUGAUGUCAUGACUGUGGAAACAGCCAUACAGUCUGAAACAACUGCAUCACGAAAAAAGGUUCAGAAGAACAAAUCUAACAGUUACUUCACCUGCGAUCAAUGUGGAAAGAGUUUCAAUCAAAACUAUAUCCUUAAAAACCACAUGAAAGUUCACACUGGAGAGAAACCUUUCAUAUGCCAACAGUGUGGAAAGAGUUUCUUGCGUAAAGAAAAUCUCAAACGCCACAUAAAAUGCCACACUGGAGAGAAGCCUUUUACCUGCAAUCUGUGUGGGAAGAGCUUCAUACAUAAAACACACCUUGAUUCCCACAUGAUCAUUCACACUGGAGAGAAGCCUUUUACCUGCAAACUGUGUGGGAAGAGCUUCUCACGCAAAGGAUCUCUUAAAAUUCACAUGGUCGUUCACACUGGAGACAAGUCAUUUCCAUGUGAUCAGUGUGGAAAAUGUUUUAGACAUAAAUCGACUCUUGAUUCGCACAUGAAAGCUCACGCUGAAGAGAGUCCUUACAUCUGUAAACUGUGUGGAAAGAACUUCUCACAAAAAGGAAAUCUUACGGCUCACAUGAAAACUCACACAGGUGAGAAGCCUUUCGUGUGUGCUCAGUGUGGAAAAUGUUUUACACGUGAAACCAACCUUACUAGCCACAUGAGGCUUCAUUCAAGAGAGAACCGUUUUAAUUGUCAUCAGUGUGGACAGAGAUUCCCAGAAAAGAGACGCCUACACUGGCAUGAAAAAGUUCAUUCUCGAGAAACAUCUUUCACGUGCCAUGACUGUGGAAAGAGUUUCAGACUUAAAGGAAACCUUAAGGUUCACAUGAGAAUCCACACUGGAGAGAAACCUUUCACCUGCACUGACUGUGGAAAGAGUUUCAGUCAGAACGUAAACCUUCAGAUUCACUCAAGGCUUCACACUGGAGACAAACCUUUCACCUGCACUCAUUGUGGAAAGAGUUUCAGUCAGAACAUAAACCUUCAGAUUCACACAAGACUUCACACUGGAGAGAAACCUUUCUCAUGUCCACAGUGUGAGAAGAGCUUCACAUAUAAAAGAGACCUGAAACGUCAUUUGCAAACACAUUCUGGAAAGAAACUACAUACAGAAACAGAAACAGAUACAGAAAAUGCGUAUCUGUGUGAAAUUAAAGCCACGUUCACACCACAGCUGAAUGUGGUCCAAAUCUGAUUGUACACAAUCACAUUUGUCAAAAGUCACAAAUGUCAAAAUUGAAUGUCAUUUUGAUAAUGAUGAUAAUAAUAAUAAUAAUAAUAAUAAUUAUUAUUAUUAUUAUUAUUAUUAUUAUUAUUAUUAUUAUUAUUAUUAUUAUUAUUAUUAUUAUUAUUAGAUCAGUUUAUGUUAAUUGUAAAGUCCAUUAGUUAUGAAGCUCAAGUAUGAAGGCAGAAAUAGUGUUCAGUUCGGUUAAAGGGGUCCUCGGAUGCAAACAGGAUGAUUUUUGCAGAGCUGAUUUUGGCAAGGUAAAAAGGGUGUUUUACACUACCAUUGAGAAUUUUGAACCAAAGUAUAUCAUAGACUUUUCUUUAAGACCCUAAAGAAUCAUAUCAACUUGUGGAAAAUGGGCAUCCGAUGACCCGUUUAAAGCUUUUCUUAUCCUGCAGUGUUAGUUCAGCAUAAUUGUUCAUUUCAGAAUAUUACUUGGUUUUUUGAACCACAACUGAGCAGGACACAAUGGCAAGCAGCACAAACUCAGGUGACAGUAGUGGAGAAGAAAAAACUUUAGAGAAACCAGGCUCAUAUGGGGAGGGCCAGUUUUCCUCUGGCCUAAAUGAACAAACAGUGUGAUUUAAGAUUGAAGGCUGCAUCACAAGUUAGACUUUGUGGACCAAUAUCAAAAAUUUGUCAUGACAGUUGGUGUUUUCUAUGUUUGCACUUUGUAUAAGCAUGGGUUAAUUUAGGACUGAGCCCAACAGAGCUGAGCUCCUCUGAAUAUCCAAAUGGGUUUAUCCUCCUGGAGCUCAAUUACUUGAGCUCCAGGAGGUGAUAUGUGUUGAUAUGUGUGUCUAAAUGUAUGGAAUAGUGCUUUUUACUCACUUUGCCUAGUUGCAGUAACUAAAUUAUUAAAAUUUUCUGCUGUUAUAUAUUUAAUCUUAUGUGGCAACAAGGUUAGUUUUUGAUCAAUAUUUUCAGGUGUUUUGACUGGUAUGUAUUCUCAAGCAGCACUAUUUCAAGCACUAAUGUGAAAAAGUUACCCACUGACUACAAUCAGAUCAGUUUGAAGUUCCAAACUGCAGUUUCAAUGCAGCUUCUGUGCAUUGCAGAGCUAGUACAAGACAAACAUUUGUGGUUAAAUGUAAAAAUAUUUUUUUUUUUAAAGAAAAUGAUCAAUCAUUUUGUUACAUAAGACCCCCUAUUCCUCAGCUGGGAUUGUGUAGAGCUCUUUGAAGAUAAACUGAAACUGCAAUUUGGAGCUUUAAAUUGUAGGCCUCCAUUGAUGUCCACUAUAUAGAGAGAAAUCCUGGAAUGUUUUCCUCAAAAACCUUAAUUUCUUUGCGACUGAAAGAAAGAAAGACAUGAGUGUCUUGGAUGAGAUGGGAGUAAAUUAUCAGUGAAAUGAAGUUCUUUAAUUUCAUUUAAAGGAGAAGUCUACUUCCAGAACAAUAAUUUCCAAAUAAUUUACUCACCCCCUUGUCAUCCAAGAUUUUCAUGUCUUUCUGUCUUCAAUCAUAAACAAAUGA